CAACUGUUUUCAAAACUCAUCUAUAAUGGAGUGCUGACAUUGUAAUAGAUAAAUGCAUAACUAAUUGAUAUGAUAUUUUUCUUAUAUUCAAACUUCUACCUGAACACGUAAGGUAUAUAAAGACAACAUAACUUCUAAAGAGUACAUUCCGAAUUUUUCUUUGAAAGUUGAGUGAACAAAUUUUGUCGAUACAGUCAUGGAUUCUUCAAGUUCUAUUUACGAAUUCAUUAUGAACUCUGGUUCAGUUGAUUCUGUUGCAAAGUAUGUAGAAUCGAAAAAUAGCGAUUUUCCGUUUUUAAAUCAUUAUUUGGAACAGUUUGUGAGAAAAGGAAUGGAAGAAAAUUUAAGUGACAGGGAUCUUAAGGUGAUAUUUUCCCUAUUGAAUUUUGGAGGAGAUCCCAUGGUCUCCUGUACAAUCGAUGGGAACAGCUAUUCAAUAGUAGAUUUGGUGCUGAAAAUUAAUGGUAAGUUUACAUAUUCCCAUUUACCAUUCUAAUUUCAUUUAAUAAUAGAAAUUAUGUUUUACAUAUUUAUAUUAUCUGAUGUAUUGGUUAUUUGAUCUGUAGGGAUUGAUAUUUGUAUUUUAUUGAUUUAUUAUUUACCCUGUUCACUUUUAUUUGUAAGGUGAAAUUUGAUUUCAGGGUUAAUACUGAAUAUAUUUAUUGUUUGUUAUAGAAUUGUUAUAUGAGGCCACGUUUCGGGCAGUGCCUUUUUUCAAGCCUGCAAAUGUAUAAAAAACAUCCUUAAUAAAACAUCUCAAUGUAACUAACAAUAAACGGACAAGUUGUAAUAUAGACAAAUUUCUUUCUAUAUUUUUUAUAUUGAAUAGAGAUUUAAUUCCAUAUGUACAAUUAUUACCUUCUUAUUUAGAUAUUUAUAUACACAAUCUAUCUUUAUUCCAACAACUCAUCUCGUCGGACGUUGUUGUGUUAUGAAGUGAAUUUCUGAAGUGAAUGAAGAGAAUUUCUCGAAAUGAUACAUAUAAAACAACAUGAAAACUCUAUCAAUGACAGAACCGACAUAAAGAAUUUACAUAACAUCUAUUCCACACUACUGACCAACAUUAAACAGACAACCGGACAUUAGAAAGAAGAAGAUAUCGAAGUUGACCAACACCCAACUCUAUAAACAUCAUAACCUCACUUCAUAACACAACAACGUCCGACGAAAUGAGUUGUUGGAACAAAGAUAGAUUGUGUAUAUAAAUAUCUGAAUAAGAAGAUAUCAAUUUAUUCAAUAUUUUCCUGCCGUUCUUGACGAUUCCCGAAGUUUCUAAUCUUGAACCGUUCGAUCUCCAUCCAGCCCCCAAUUUUAGGAACACCCUUCUACAUUUGGUAGUAACAAAACCAUGUGUAGAAGUCACAAGAUACAUUCUAAAUCUAGGUGUCGAUGUAGAAGUGACAAACGACCAUUUGGAGACACCAUUGUUCUAUGCUAUCCGAUAUAACCAAAUCGAGCAGGCGAUUCUUCUUCUCCAAUAUGGAGCUGAUUUUAGAAGAUCGAAUAUUGAUGGCGAUAAUAUCCUGCAUAUAACAUGCUACGAAGACGAAUCUCAUUUAGAAAUGGCAGAAUUUUUGUUAGAUGUUGGGUGUGAUCCUAACUCAUAUGGUCGGUUAGGUUCCACACCAUUACAGGUGCUUGCACUGCUAACUAUGCAUCGAGAAACACCAAACCUUAAAUUCGCAGAAUUAUUGGUCAAAAAAGGAGCUGAUACCAAUUUACAAGGUUAUGGGGGUUACACACCUCUGCACACAUUAGCGGUGGCAUAUUGCGAUGGUUUGUAUUUCAUCCCCUUUUUUGACAUUCUCCUAAACGGUGGAGCUGACACUGAUAUAAGGGAUAACAAAGGCCGAACAUGCUUUGACUCUUUGGUUGAUUGUGAAAAUAAAAGACAAAGAAUUCUUAAACGUUUUAUUCUUUUUAAGUUCAGCAGAAACUUUGAACUUAGUGAUCGCCCAAUCAGCAAUAUAUCGGUGGAUAGCCUCUACGAGGAGGAAUGUCGAAAAGAAUUGGAGAUGUUCAAGUCCAGGAGAAUAUUCGACUUGGAAUGUACGUUGUUGGAGAUAUUCUGUAUGAACAAAACUCAACUCUCUAGAAUUUGCAAUAACGAACAUUUGAUGUCAGUUAUGUCUGAGAUCAAUGAAUGUGAUUUUGCGAUUUACGGACCUGACCUCAAAAGCAAAUUUAUGGAAGCCAUGACUAUGUAUUUUGAAGUCGAAAAAGGUUUGGAAUUUUUAAGGUUAGCGUCGAACCAAAGACUCGAUUAUUAUUCGAUGAUGAGAAUAAUAAAAUUUAUUCCAAGAGAAGAUUUGAGAAGUAUGGGCAUAAGUAUAUCGCCCGCCACAAAAAAUAUGAAAAGAAAAAGAAGUAAGGAUGAUGAAACACUUGAAAACCUUAAAAAACCCAGGAAUGUUGAAAAUGAAACCAAAAAAUAGUAUUUGUUGCUCAAUAAUUGUCAUAUGUAUUUUUGUUGAUUGAUUAAUUUCAAUUCAACAAAUAAACUUGUUGACGCUUCAAUUUUUUGUUUUGUUUAUAGUGUAUAUUAUUUUUGUUGUACAUGGUGUAUAUAAUUUUUUGUAU